AUGUCUAUGCUGAAACGUUCUUCAUCAGACAUUGACCCAUCAAACUUUCUUUGGGCUUUAAAAAGGAUAAUAUCAGAACAAUACACUGCUUUUAACUACAACACGCAGCAAGAUGUUCCUGAAAUUCUCCAUACAGUUUUGGAUAAAUUAAAAGGCUCUUCCUCACGCGCUGACUAUAUGUCUAGGGUGACCACCACUUCAACCGUAACAUUAGAUACCUGUUUUUGUUCCUCUUCAAGAGAGGACACAUCAAACAUUUUAACUCUUCCCACUUCUUUAUCCAUUUCACAGGGACUUCUCAAACCCGAGUCACUAUCAGGGGAAUAUAAAUGGUUUCGCCCACAGUGUAAUACACAUCGGGAAUGCACAAAAGAAACACAUAUCAGUCACUGCGGGUCAGUGCUGAUUGUGCAGCUCCUUAAAUUUUCUGCUGCCCAAAACACUUUUGUCAAAGACACCCGUUCGGUCGAUUGUUCUUCCGAAAGCGAAAACCCUUUAAAUGUCCAGAUUUGCUCGAAUAAUGACAUCUCCUUUAACAGAAACUUUUCACUAGUCGCGACCAUAAACCAUUCAGGUACCAUAAAAUCUGGACAUUACUGGGCAAAGGGGAAAAUAAUUUACAAAGAGGUGGUAACAAAUUGUAACCAAACAGCAAGAGGGUUAGAUAUUUUUUCUUGUCUUUGGGUGUGA